AUGGAUUCUCUGACUCUCUCACCAAACAGAGUAGAUACAAAUCUGAAGAUAACUAGUAUAGAAUGCCAUCCUGAAUCCUUGGUUAUAGUGUUUCAGGGUCAAUACAAGGGAGGAUGUGAACUUGACUAUUACAUACUACAAAAUGAAAUACAACGUGUGUUCAAAGUCAGAGGUAAUGUUUACAUUGGUGAGUCCUGUUUGGUGGAAGAUGCAGAAGGAACAUGGCAUAGAGGAAGAGUUCUGGAAAAGAGCAAGAAUGUCUGUGAGGUUUAUUUUAUAGAUACUGGACAAGUGUUAUUUGUUGAAGAAACACGUCUUGCUUCUGCUUGUGAUGAAUUCUUUCAGCUGCCUCCAAAGGUGGUUUUGGGUGUUUUUGCAAGAAUACUUCCUCUUGGAGAAAAAUGGGAUCCAAAAGCCGUUAACUACUUUUCAUCUCUGGUAGGAUUACAGAUUAGAGGUCAUGUGAAAGCUGUUAUGUCAUACCAGCUGUUUAUUCUAGAAGUCCCAAAGAUCAUUAGUGACAUUCUUGAACUGAAGUUAGGAAAACUUAUUGAUGGAGAUUCGUUUUGUCUUAUUGUAGAUAUGUUAAGAGCAUUUCCUCAAGAAAUGCUUUGUAAGAGAGUGCCACAGGUGUUGCAACAUAAGUAUCCAGUCAAAGGAUUGCUUACUUUCAGUAAAUUUGAGAAACCAACAGAUUUUUGGCCAGUUCCACAUAAUCUUUUUCCGCGUGUACCUGUUGGCAGUGAAGUAAAUGUAAAAAUAACUGUUGAAAUAAGCCAGAAUAAAUUUUACUGUCAGAUGCAGAAAUGGCAGAAAGAGCUGGAAGAUUUGACAGGAGCUAUGCAUUUGUACUAUGAAGCUAUCAAUACCAAAAAUAAAAAAUCCGUUGAUAGUUUAGGGCUACUGUGUGCUGCCAAAAGGCAGACUGGACAAUGGCAUAGAGGAGUGAUAAAAGAAGUUCUCUCUGAUGGUGUGGAAGUCUGGUUCAUGGAUUUUGGCAAUAGUGAAACUGUGCCAUUUAGUUGUGUUCAGAAACUUAAAGCAGAGUUCAUGGCAUUACCAAUGAUUUCCUUUCCAUGUGCACUGUCUUGCUUCAGUGGCCGAGAUGAAAAUGUGAUAAAAAUUCAACUGAAAGAACUUACACAGGCUUUGAUAAGACAAACUUCUGUUUGUGUCCAUAUUGAUGUAUUCAGUGAUGUUAAGCGCUUGUAUUACAUUACGCUGCGAAAUCAAAAACUUGAAAGUAAAGCUGAAUAUCCAAGAAACCUGAAUGAGGCAGAUGCACCAUGUGUCUCCCUUUUGGAUACAAAGAUCACAAGUAUUGCUGAAAGCAACAAAUCCUGUCCUGAGCAGUGCAGUUCACUUAAGAAUUGUAAUGGAAAUAAACAUGUAGAAAAUCUCUUACCUAAAUGGGAUAUUUCUUUGUCAAGCUGUUGCAGAAGAGCUGAAAUGCAAGUGAAUUCUUCCUACACUGCUUAUGUGGUACAUGUCAUAAAUCCAUCUGACUUCUUCAUCCAAACAUGCGAAUAUCAGAAGGAAUUUCAAGCUUUGAUGAAAAGCAUUGCAGACACAUAUACCCAAUGUGAAGCUGAUGAAAUGAUCCUUAAAAACCCAAACCCUGGAUUUCUCUGCUGUGCCAGGUAUAGCAAAGACAUGUGUUAUUAUCGAGCUGUUGUCAUUGAAGUGCUUCAUGUAAACGUUACUGUUUAUUUUUUGGAUUUUGGAAAUAGAGAUAUAGUACCCUGUUACGAUGUGAAAGCAUUGCUUCCAGAAUUUUCUGAUUUACCAGCUUUAGCUGUGUGUUGUGCACUUGCUCACGUAUUUCCUGUUGAUGAUGUGUGGGUUAAAAAGGCGGUUGAUUUCUUCAAAGAAAUUGUGUGUAAGAAACCUUUGCUACUUCGUGUCAUUGGAAAGGAAAACAACAGGUAUAUUGUUAAUGCAGUGUAUAGGGAUGGUUUACAGCAAGGGAAUGUUGCUACAUGUAUGGUUCAAGCUGGAUAUGCUGAAUACUUGGAAAAGACCCCAGAUUCUGUUCUAAAUUUAGGGAAAAAAAGGCAAAAUCUUAAUCCCCACAAAUAUAAAAAUAAAGUAAAUGCACAGAACAUCUCCAAUGUUCAUAAAAAUAAGGUGCCUGGAAAUAGAGGAGUAUUUCAGAAGCCAAAAACAUUAAGCAUGUCUUCAGUGCUGAAAGAACCUGUUGUACUGUCUUCUUUUGGCAAAAGUGGUAUCUCUAAAAGGCAUAAAUUGGUACCUGAGGAAAAAUUAUUUUACAAAGAGUUUAUUUUUAAACCAGGAGCAGUUCUUGAAGUGGUAUGCUCUUGCUUUGUUUCUCCAGGAGAUUUUUCAUGUCAGUUGCGAUGCAAACUGCCAGAGCUAAAUAACUUAAUGGAACAAAUUCAGACUUAUUAUAAAGAACAUACCAGUCCUUAUAAAAGUGGACAGGUUGCUUGUGUUGUUAAAUACGCCAAAGAUGGGAAGUGGUACAGAGCAACUGUUGUGCAGCAAGUGUCCACAAGUGAAGCUGAUGUGGUUUUUGUAGACUAUGGUUAUCGGAAAAGAGUUUUUCUUAAAGAUCUUCAAGCUGUUAUUCCAGAUUUUCUAACUCUGGAAAGUCAAGCGUUUCAAUGUGGAUUUAAAAAUGCAUACGUACAGACUAAGUCAUUUCAGUGGUCUGAAGAAGUGUGUAGAUAUUUUGAAGACCUAAUUUCUGCUUCUGGGGGACCACUGACUUGCAUCAUUUAUGCUGUUGUUCGUGUGAGCCCCAACCGUUUAUGCUAUAUUGUUGACUUACAGACUCCCUCUUUCACAGCAGAGGAGUUCCUUGGAGAAUGUGGUCUCACGCAGUCUGGAUAUAUUGAUCUGAGAAACCUCGCAUUUUUGGGUUCUCUGUACAGUUUUUGCUACUCAUCUUUUAAUAUAAAAAUUGGAAGUGAAGAGGAGGUUUAUAUAACUCAUGUAUAUAGUCCUUCAAAAUUCUAUUGUCAGCUGAAUCGAAACACUGAAACAAUAGAGGCCUUGAUGAAAAAGGUUAAUGUCAUAAGUAAAAUGUCAAAGAAUGCAAAAUAUGAUACCAGCAGUACGCAGUUAUGUAUAGCCAGAUAUUUUGAAGAUGGUCUCUUUUAUAGAGCUUUGGCCUUUCCUGUGGAAUCAACAUCCUAUCUAUGUGCUAACUUUGUGGAUUUUGGAAAUAAGAGUAUGGUAGAGAGGGACCAGGUGAUACCUAUUCCUGACAUUGCCACUGACCUAAUAUUCACACCCAUGCAGGCUAUUAAAUGCUGUCUGUCAGAUCUUAGAGAGACAGAAAUUCCAGCAAAAGUUACUAUAUGGUUUGAGAAAACAUUCCACGGUAAACUGCUGAAGGCUGUAAUUGUAUCCAAAGAAUCAGAUGGACAGCUUGUUGUGGACUUGUAUGAUGGACAGGUCAGUGUAAGUCAGAAAAUUGAAGAAAAAAUAAUGGAAGAUUUUCCACUGAAGAAAUAUACAGGACAUCUUACUAGAAGUAACAAAGGAGUGAUAUGUCACAUGAAAGAUGACAAAGAACUUAGUAAAGUAGUUGAAUUGAACAUAGCUGAAACAGUUCAACUGAAAACUGAACUGAAAUGUCAAGUGUAUGGUAAGUAUUGUGAGACAAAUUCUGAGCAGAAUUUUAGAGGUGAAAAGCAAACUGCACAUAGUACACAAAAUUUGUGUAGUGGGUUCUCAAAACUGCUAACUUUACAGAAUAGUGAAGAACCAGGUUUUAGAAAUGCUGUCAAUGCCGAACUGGAGCACAGAGAGGAAUCUCCGGUUGGAAAGCCUGAUUCACACUCACUCUGUCAUCCUGCUUUGAAAUCAAAAGAAUUAAUUGUAGGGAAAGUAUGUAACAAGACAGUGACUGGCGAGUUCUUACAGCAACAUAGAGAACAGUGGGAAAUAGAUGUAACUUGUGAUGGAAAGUCUGUAUCUGAUGACCUGCAGAAAAAAGGGAGGACAAGGUGGCAAAAAGCACCAAUGCAUAAUUGGAGAAGUAGGCCCAAACAAAUUAUGGUUACAAAUGGUAAUCACAAGGUUAGGAAGUCUAGGAGUAUGUUAGGUGGUUGGAGUAAAACAGAUGUUAUUACGAUGAAAACUACUUCUAAAAUGCCCUUAAAUGGCUUUCCUCAAGAUAUAAACUCUGGACAGGUGGAAAGAGCAAAAGUAACCAAUAUUUCAGAAAGUGGAGAAUUUCAUAUGCAGUUACAUAGGAAUUUGCAAAUACUACAGGAGUUAAAUGUAAUGCUUAUUGAAGAAGCACAAAGAAGUGAUUGUCUUAGAGAGGCUGACAUUGAAGAAGGGUUGGAAUGCAUGACUAAAUCGGAAAUGGACUUGAAGUGGUACCGAACAAAAGUCCUAAAGACAUUUAUCAGGGAGAAGUUAAUGCUAGUUUUUUUAGUGGAUUAUGGAAACUGUGAGAUGGUGUGCCUAAAUAACGCAAAGAUGCUCAGCAAUGAGGUAAAAUAUAUUCCUAAACAAGCUGUGUUUUGUAAAUGGAUUUGGUUUAAAAACCUGAAGAAAAUUCAAUUUGUUCAUGUGGUGAAUGCACUCCAGAAUUGUGAAAUAAGGAUCUUGUUUUUGAGAUACUUGGAAUCUUACCGUAUCUGGGAAGUAGAUAUUUUAAUAGGGGAAAUUCUGCUUCAGGAGUAUUUGAACCAGGUCUUAAGUAAUUUUCAGACUACUGGACCAGAAAAAUCCAGUAAUACAGACUGUAAGGAGCUUAAUCCAUCAUUCAACAUAAAUUCAAUCAUGUGGAUGCUACUGCACAAUGACAGAAGGCAUCCUGGGUUUCCAACUGCAGUUACUGAUCCUUCAAACUUUUGUAUCCAGUUUGAAAUCUUAUUUAAUGUAAUGCAAAACUUGUCUUUGCUGCUCACUGACCUUCCUGACAAUUUGCCAACUUUGCCAGAAGAACUUGUGUCUCCCGGCGCUAGCUGCUUGAUCAAAUUUGGACUGGAAGCGCAGUGGAACAGGGCAGAAAUUACUGAAGUAACAAGUCAGUCUGUUGUUCUUAAAUUUAUUGAUUAUGGCUUUCUGAAGAGUAUUCCUUACUCUGAUAUCCAUAAACUUAAGGUUAUUCCGGACAGUCUGUUGUAUUUACCACACUUAGCACACUCUUGCACUUUACAUGGUGUCGUUCCUGCCACAGGGGAAUGCUGGAGUGAUGAAGCUAAGGUGCUGUUUCACAGGCUUCUUAGUAAACCGGGUCUGAUACUUCAUUUUAAACACUAUGGCCCUGGAAUGAAGUUAGAGGUGGAUGUUCUGUAUGAGGAGUGCAGUGUAGCUCAUGACUUAGUUGCUGCUGGCCAUGCAGUCUACUCUAAAAUUAGGUGCUGCUUCAUUCCACCUGACAGAAUAAUAUCAUAA